AUGUCUUGGCAGCACCUGUUCGUCCUCUGGGUGUCCUUGGCUGGGUUGGUGGCGCCCCUCACAGCGCUGUGGCAGCUGAAGAAAGACGUUUACGUGGUGGAGUUGGACUGGCAUCCCGAUGCACCAGGAGAAACGGUGGUGCUGAGCUGCGAUGCCCCUGCGGAAGCCGACGUCACCUGGACCUGGAGCCGGAGUGACGAGCCGGUCGGCCGGGACCCGACCCUGAGGGUCGACGUGACAGAGUUCGGUGAUGCCGGCCAGUACACCUGCCACGUGGGCGGCGAGCCGCAAAGCCGCUGGACCCUGCUGCUGCACAAGUGGGAGAACGGGCUGUGGUCCACCGACAUCCUCAAGGCCCAGAAAGAACCCAAACAGAAGACUUACCUGAGAUGCGAGGCAAAAAAUUAUUCUGGACAUUUCACCUGCUCGUGGCUGACGGCAAUUGGCUCUAACCUGGAUUUCAGCGUCAAAAGCAGCAGAGGCUCCUCGGACCCCCGAGAAGUGACGUGUGGAGCGGCCACAGCCUCUGCAGAGAAGGUGCGCGUGGACCACCGGGAAUACACCAAGUACACGGUGGAGUGCCGGGAGGGCAGCGCCUGCCCGGCCGCCGAGGAGACCCACCCCGUGGAGAUCGUGCUGGACGCCGUGCACAAGCUCAAGUAUGAAAACUACACCAGCAGCUUCUUCAUCCGGGACAUCAUCAAACCCGACCCACCCAAGAAUCUUCAGCUGAUGUCUGUGCCAAAUUCUCCAUCCGUGAGCGUCAGCUGGGAGUACCCCGACAGCUGGAGCACCCCCCACUCCUACUUCUCCCUGACAUUUAAUGUCCAGGUCCUGGACAAGACUGGAAACGAAGAGAAAGACCGGAUCUCCACGGACACAACGUCUGCCAAGGUCAAGUGCCCCAAGGAUGGCAAGAUUCAGGUGCAAGCCCGGGACCGCUACUACGGCUCGUCCUGGAGCGAAUGGGCCUCUGUGCCCUGCAGCUAG